AUGGAAUCCAAUGGUACAACAUCACAUUUGUUGCCCUCAAACACGGUACCAGAUUUGACGCAGCGACUACGUGCCAUGGACAGUCUGGCAGUUUUCAAGAAUUUGGAAAGCGCACUGUCGUGCACGCUCGGAACGUCGAGCAUGCGACCAAGCGUCUGUCGCGACGACGCUUCGACGCACCGUGACGAUGCAUCGAGUAUGUGCGAUAGUGGUGCUAUGUUUCACGUCGGUACACCGCCUAUCUUCAGUCCAGUGCCAUCUUCGGAAUCGGAUUUUGAAUGCCAGGCGGAAGAUGAAGAUGAUGAUGAUCCAGAGAUUCUAGCCCUCAUUCGAAGACAUCGCAUGCAACAACUUCACCUUCGCGAACAACAGCGACUCGAACUUGAAGAGCUCCGUGCUCGUCAGCGUCAACAACGUAUGACUAGAGCCGCGACUGCAGCACCAGAGGGGUCUUGUGGUGAUGCCAUGUCACAGAGCCUGCAUGGCAAUCAUCAUCAUUAUCAUCGCCACCAGCCUUCUACAUUGUCGUUGCCAGCCAGUCCACCACCAACCAUGUCAAAUAACACUGAGGCCAGUUUCACUAGAAAAGAAUUUGCCAUAGUUUUUUUUUUCGAGGACCUGUACUUGCACCACUGA